UUAUCGAGCUUAUAAAAGCCCAAAAUUUAGCAUUUCUCUUCGGGGAGCUUUCUCGUAGCAUCAGAUCGCGGCUAAGUUCGGAGGAUCUCUGAGGUAACUACAAUUCUUCGGGGUUUGUUUGGGCGAAAUGGCGUCGAAACGGAUCUUGAAGGAGCUGAAGGAUCUCCAGAAAGAUCCUCCAACCUCGUGCAGCGCGGGGCCUGUUGCUGAAGACAUGUUUCACUGGCAAGCUACAAUUAUGGGUCCUACUGAUAGUCCGUAUGCGGGUGGAGUGUUUCUCGUCACCAUUCACUUUCCUCCGGACUAUCCUUUCAAACCACCAAAGGUUGCAUUCAGGACAAAGGUCUUCCAUCCGAACAUCAAUAGCAACGGAAGCAUUUGCCUCGACAUUUUGAAAGAGCAGUGGAGCCCGGCCCUCACCAUUUCCAAGGUAUUGCUAUCGAUAUGUUCAUUGUUAACGGAUCCGAACCCGGAUGAUCCACUGGUGCCGGAGAUAGCGCACAUGUACAAAACCGACAGAGCCAAGUACGAGGCCACAGCUCGAAGCUGGACCCAGAAGUACGCCAUGGGCUAACACUUGCUUCUUACCUCGUUACUCUUUCAGAGUGAGAUGAGAUGGCUUCUUCUCCUAUCAAUCUAUCUAUCUAUCUAUGAAAAAAAAAGGACAUAAUCCACGAAACACAAAUCAGAUCUGAUUCAAGGUCUGAUGUCUGUUUUGGUUUCUUCUGUCAGCGUCUUGUGUUUUAUAACAUACGUCUCUGGACAUGAACUUGUCCUUUUUCUGUCUGAAACUUAAGAAGAAAGCUGAAGCUUUAGUGUUGAAGUUGGGUUCAACAAAAGUGCCUUUCUCCUCUA